AACCAAGUGCGUGGUGGAUAAUAAGCAUUGUGACUUCACCCUGAGGAUUAUUGUGAUUUAAUUUUAUUUUAAACCAAACAUGAAACUCCUGAUAGUACUGUGUGCUUUAACAGCAUUUGUGUCUGCAAGGCCUGAUGAUCAUUACAGCGAACGUUAUGAUAACUUUGAUAUUGAGGAGCUCAUUAAAAACAAAAGGCUAUUAAUUUCACACGCUGAAUGCUUCGAGGGUGAGGGCAAGUGUACUCCUGAAGCUAGCGAAUUGAAAGAACUAGCGCCUGAAGCAGUGCAGACAUCAUGUGGUAAGUGCACUGAAAAACAAAAGGUCCUUGUUGCUAAGGUGAUGAAAGCGGUGAAGGAGACAUUGCCCGAACAUUGGGAAAAACUGCGUCACAAGUACGACGCUGAAGGAAAAUUUGAAAACGAUUUCAAAGCUUUCGUCGAAAAGUACGCAGCCUGAAUCGAGUAAAUUCGAAUUUGAUUCUAUGAUCUUUAUAUGAUUUAAUAAACGUAUUGAAAUUAAA